ACAACAACGCCAUUACCAAACGGCUGUAAUGAUAUCAGAACUCAUCAGGUCUCAGCAUCGAUAAAAGCACCGUUUCUAAAUUUUGUUGCAUCUCUUUCGAGAGUUUGCAAUCCACAGUGCGUUGGAGAGUCACUUGCGUACACAAGCCAAAUCAAAAGAGGAUCUUUAGCAAUGUUUGAUAACCUUUGCCAAGCACCUGCUAGUCCAUGUUUUGAGUUCGCAGAAGAACAACUAGAACAUGGGGAUUUUAUUGACGACGUAGAUGGAGAGUCAGAAUCUGAUUGGAUUGUGCAAGAGCUGGAAGAGAGUGGUGAAGAAUAUGUAUCCAACGAGGUGGAUUGGAAUGAAGACGUUAGCGUACAUCAGGAAGAGGAGGAACAAGAUGAGGAUAGUGAGAGGAAUGAGAGUAGUGAACAAUGCCACGAUCAAGAUGUUGAUGAUGAUUGUAACGUCAGUCAUGUACGAAGUCAAGAUCCUGAUGAGGAAAACAAUUGGAGCAUGAUCAUCGAAAGAUCACUCGAUCAGGAUCAGGAUAAUAAUUUGAAUAAGAGUAGUGAACAAUGUCACGAUACAGAUGAGGAUAACGGCUGGGAUGUAAACCCCUUUGUGUCGUGAUGGAAAUGCUUCUACCGGCAGUGAUACGGCCCGUCAUUGCAACACGUCAAGAUCCUAAUGAAGGAAUACAAUUGGAGCAUGAUCAGCGAAAUAUCACACGAUCAGGAUCAGGAUAAUUAUUGGAAUGAGAGUAUCGAAUGUCACGAUCGUGAUGGGUAUGCUGAUUGUGACGUCAGCAAUGUACGAUGUCAAGAUGACUAAUGAGGAAAACAAUAGGAGCAUGAUCAGCGAAAAAUCAUAAGAUCAGAAUCAGGAUAACAAUAUGAAUGAGAGUAGCGAACAAGAAGAGGAUAACGGCUGGAAUGUUAGCAUUGUAAAAUGUCAAGAUAUUGAUGAGGAAUAUGUAUAACGAUGGAAAUGAAUUAAUAAAUCUAUGAUACAAAUCAAGAUUCGAAAGCACAGAGCUUCACGGAGAGGGAUGAACGUUAGAGCGGAGGUGAUGAAGGUUCUACGCAUUAAUAGAAUGAACACGUGCAGGAGGGAUGAUCAAAUGUCCAUAAGAAAAUGUCGGAAAAUUGGAAGAGUGGAUUGUGGUGGGUAUUUUAAGGAAUUUGAGGAAGAAUGAACCUUCUUUAUGACACCUGACACUGAAUGUGAAACACAUCGGACGGAGCACACAGUAUCGAUUCUUCGUCGGAGCAGUACCAGUACACGUGAAAAGGAUAAAUAGUUACAUAAAUCUAAACAUUCCUUACCAACCUUCUAUAAAUUUGAUGAAAUACAAACUGCACUUCUGAAAGAUUAGGUGAAAUAAAAUCAGCAUUUAAAAAUGAUGUAAAAUUCGGAUUAAAUGCGGAUUAGAAAUACUAUUCC